AUGUGGGGGAAGGAGGAGGGUCACACCAGACCCAGGCGUCUCCCAGCGAGCCAACGCCCCCUUGUGGUUGGAAGCCUAGCUCCAGUCAGUCCCUGCUCAGGAAGCGGGACCAGAUUGAGGGGACACCAACGAGCCCUUCCGGAGACAAGAGGCCAGGGAAGACAGAAGCGCAUUAAGGUGCCGCCGGCCCUGCUGUCUCCGACCCGGGGCCUGGCCCAACUACUUCCUAAGAAAGUGGGGAUGGAUGGACGCCGCAUCCCGAGCCAGGCCCACUCAAAGGUCCGGACGACUAUGACCGCCACUGCAGCGAACAGCCGAAAGCAAAAACGGGUCCACUUAAUGCGACCGACAAAUUGCCAGGAUUUCCGCCAACGCGCGCCGGAAGCGCUCCUCAGGAAGCUUCCGCGCUCGCCUAGCCCCGCCCCCAACUCCAGUGUUGGAGUAAAUCCUCCACCUCCCUCUAGGAACUGUGGCUGUGUGGGCAGCGCCCCCAGCCGGAAGGAGGUUGAAACUGAGCAGAGAUUGUUAGGAUUUGAGUAUUGGGAAGAAAGACGGCAUCUUGCCUCAGAAGAAGGGCAAUCAGAGUGUCUAGGGGCGACUGACACUCAGAAGGUCCCAGGAGACUACAGCAAGAGGGUCUAUCAAGGUGUCAGAGUGAAACACACAGUCAAGGAUCUGCUGGCAGAAAAAAGAUCCAGGCAAACAAGUAAUUCAAGAUUUAAUGGUGAUACCAAUGCCUCUCAGUCUCCAUUUGUCCAGAUGCCAGGCUCACUUGCAACGUCAGGUUACUAUGGUGUUAGAAGAUCUUUUUUAUCUGACUCGGAUUUCCACAACACUAAACAAUUUUCGAAUGAUGGCUACCAAUCAACCCUGGCUAAACCCUUUUCCUGUGAGUCCGCUACAAUGCAAAAUUACCCACCGAUCCUGGAUUCCUACUUUUCCGAGCCUUAUGGAGACUACCGCCCAGCAGCUCUAACCCCCAACACGAGCUCUCUCUUUGGUGCUUCGCCCUUGCCCCCGCCGCUUCUACAACCACACUUUACGAGUGACUCCACCCACUUCGUAUUUAGAGACUCAUGGGAGCAGGCAGUGCCUGAUAGCCUUAACCAGCCUGAUGUGGUGCCUUCAGACCCACUGCAGACACUACCAGCUGGCACUAAUUGCCUUUCACCACAGGAGUCUGGAAGCCCCUCUCAACACAGAAGCUCUGGUUGGGGGGCUGCUCUCCCUGGAGCUCAGCCCUACUCUCUGCAUGCCCUGGAGGACCUGCAUUACACUUCAGGUUACCCCACUCCUUCCUCCUACUCUUUCACACCUUUUAUGACAGUGACCAAUGAUUUAACUCCCAAGGUGAUUCAGCUCUCUUUAGAUGAGUCCCUGGAUACGACCUCUCUUCAUGAGAGUCCAUCCUGGACAAAGGAAGAUGGGAAUGGGGUAUGGGGGUCCUAUGAAUGUCGAAGAGCUUACUGA